AUGAACCAAGAGACUAAUAGAUUAAAUACAUUUACAAAUUGGCCAUCUUCAGCUCCUGUAGAUCCUAUAAGAAUAGCGAAAGCUGGUUUUUUUUACACCGGCCAAGGAACAGAGGUUGAGUGUUUCAGCUGCGGUGGAAAAAUCUCUGAGUGGAAUUACGGGGAUCAGGUUAUGUGGAGACAUAGGAGAAUGGAUCCAAACUGCGCUUUUGUUGUGAAUCCAUUAGUAUCUGGUAACGUGCCCUUAACGAUUAGUCGUGAAUGUAAUCCUGUUCAAAACACAGAACAGACAAGUGACUUACAAAAUAGUCAACAAAAUUCAGAGCAGUCUGUUGAUUAUGGUAUUACUGAAGAAGAUGAAAUGUACAAAAGUGACGCUUUACGUUUAUUGUCGUUUGUAAACUGGGAUGAUUUGUCUGUGUCAAGGUCAGAAUUGGUUAGUGCUGGAUUCUAUCAUGUCGGUGAAGGACGUAUUCGGUGCGCAUGGUGUGGGGGGGAACUUGCACCAUUUAGAAACUUAGGAUCACUGGGUACACCUCUGGAAAUACACAGAAUGUACUUUCCGAGGUGUGAACAUGCAGCAGAGUUAGAAGAAGGAAGACGUAACAGUGAAUUUUCUCCCCCAAUAUCAUCGCCUUCAUACACACCUCCUAUACAAUCACCAUCGAAUACCUGUAAUAAACCACAAUCGUGAGUGUCAGGUGCGGAACAGAACGCCCGUGUAGUGGAAGCGGGCGGUGAAUGGCGGUCCCUGGGGGUGGUGGGUGGUGGGGCGCGGCACCCCUCGCGUGCAGCGCUCGCUGCUCGCCUCGCGACCUUCGAGCGCUGGCCAGCGGACCGCGCUCAGGCUCCGCGAACACUAGCCGAUGCUGGUUUCUUUUAUACGGGGAUUGAUGACCAGGUGCGGUGCUUCUACUGUGACGGCGGGCUGGGCAAGUGGGAGGCGGGCGACGUGCCGUGGUCGGAGCACGCGCACUGGUUCCCGCACUGCGGGUACGUGCUGCUCGUCAAGGGGAAGGAGUUCGUCGACGCCUGCCGCAGCCGCACCGUGCAGCGGACGUUCUCAGCUGACAGAGGUUUGAGUUCUAGAACUCGAAAUACAGCAGUUAAUUUUCCAGUUACCGCAAGUCAGAUAGAAGAAUGUAUGGAAUCAAGUCCUGCUGUAGCUGCUUUGGGAGCGGGAUUGGACGCGGCUCGAGUGCGAAGAGCUAUAGUAAGACGAUUACGCGCUACAGGCCUACCAUUCAAUUCGUCUGAAGCGCUAAUUGACGCAGUACUAGAUGAACAGUUGAAUGAGGAAGCUUGGUCGGUGACACCUCAUAGUCAGCGACUCGCAAGGGACAUCCUCGCUGAAACGUUAAGGGAUUUUGCACCUCGAUCUGGAAUAAUUCCAUCAAACGCCGAAGAUGAUAGAUCAGAUAGCCAAACAUCCCAGACAGAUAGUCCAGUUCGAUCACCUACACCGAGUAAUGUUUCAACGUCAUCAAAUAAACCCUCAAGCCUUAGUCAAUCAGAAAGCGUAACCAAUGAAAGUGCUAAUAAUAAUCACGAACGAGACGCCAGCCCGGUGUCAAACACCAAACAGUUGACUUUAGAAGAAGAGAAUAGACAGUUAAGAGAAGCCCGAAUGUGCAAAGUCUGCAUGGAUAAUGAGGUGAGCGUGGUGUUCCUGCCGUGCGGACACCUGGUGUCGUGCGCGGGCUGCGGCGCGGCGCUAGCGGCGUGUCCGCUGUGUCGCGCGGCCGUUAAAGCCCUAGUCCGCGCAUACCUCGCCUGACCGAUUCGUUUUAGAGAUAAAUACUCAAAGUGUAAAAUUAAAACAUUGGAAUUGAUUCAAAACUGUUCAGUGCAGCGAAAUGUUUCGAUAGGAGUGUAUCAAUAAGUUGUUUAGUAUGUUUCUGUAAAUCUAUGUUUCGUUUUAUCUGUACGCCAUAUUCGAAUAUACGACAUUACAUUAA